AGAAACGCAAAACAGCGAGAAUUAAAAGCUGUACUCUUUAAAAAAAUAUCCUGAUUCAUCAAAUUAAUUUGUAAAUUGAUCCGCUUACAUACAUUAUACACUGAUCUCUACUCUUAACUUUUUCUUCUAUUCUCGUACUAAUUGUUUGCGACGGAAAUGUUUUUUUUUAUUAAUAUUAAAAUGCACUUUUUUCCGAUUGCAUUAAUUAAAAUCAAAAUUUUUUGGUGCAUAUUAAUUACGGCGGAAUUACGCUAUCGAUGACGCUGUAUGAGGUUAUGGAUACACACUUUAUUUUGUUUUUUUUCUCUUGCUUGUCACGCGAUAAUUAUUGUGCUCGCAGUCACUGUUUAUGAUGUUUUCUUACAUAAAUGAUUGUGCUUACUGUGGAAAGGUGCAAAAAAUAUAGAAAUGAUUUGUAUAUUGAAAAACAAGAAAGUCCGUUUUUUAGUGCAAUGUCAUGGCUGUAUAUUAUAACUUAUACUGUACAAUCAGUCUGCUGAUAACAGAGUUAACAGAGAGGUGAUAUGGCUCUGAAAGGAAUCAAGGUCCUAGAGUUAGCUGGACUUGCUCCGGGACCUUAUUGCGGAAUGAUUUUGGCAGAUUUCGGGGCAUCCGUUAUCAGAGUGGAUAAGAUUGGAGGUCAAGCAUCAUUAGAUUGUUUAGGCCAUGGAAAGAGGUCGAUAGCAUUAAAUUUGAAGUCUGAAAAGGGCAUUAAUAUUUUUAAAAAAUUAAGUGAUCAAAGCGACGUUAUUAUUGAUACAUAUAGAAGAGGAGUCAUGGAAAAGCUGAAGAUUGGACCAAAGGAACUUAUGGCAACAAAUGAGAAAUUAAUAUAUGCUAGGUUAACUGGAUAUGGUCAAGAUGGCUCGUAUGCAGAUAUGGCUGGCCAUGAUAUCAACUAUUUAGGUUUAUCUGGAUUACUGUCUUUAUUCGGCCGAUAUGGUGAGAAACCUACACCACCCAUCAAUCUGGCUGCUGAUUUUGGUGGUGGUGGUUUAAUGUGCGCGUUUGGAAUAAUGUUGGCGUUAUAUGAGCGAACCAAGAGCAAUGUCGGACAGGUGAUAGAUGCAUCGAUGGUGGAGGGAUCGGCAUACUUAGGAUCUUGGUUAUUCAGAUCCCAAAAAAUGGGUAUAUGGGGAAAUCCACGCGGCAGAAAUAUUUUGGACACAGGAUCGCAUUUUUACGAUACAUACGAGACGAAGGAUAAACUUUACAUGUGCGUUGGAGCGCUCGAGCCACAGUUUUAUGACAUCUUCCUGGAGAAGCUCGGUCUCUCGAGCGACGAGAUACCGCAGUACGACAAUUUCGAGGAAAAUCGUUGCAGAAUUGCGGAAAUUUUCAAGACGAAAACACAGGCGGAAUGGUGCGCUAUAUUCGACGGCACUGAUGCAUGCGUGACACCGAUGCUAAGUUUGAAGGACGCCUCGUCACAUAUUCACAAUAAGCAGAGGCAGACAUUUACGACCGUAGGAGACGAUGUAAUUCCAAAUCCUUCUCCAUGUUUAUCUCGCACACCCGGCAUCUCUCUUGGAUCACAGAAAAAUCCACAAAUCGGUGAACACACAAUAGAAAUCUUAACUGAAUUCAAAUUUCAGUCUAAUGAAAUUGAAGAUCUAUUGUCAAAUGAGAUAGUUCACCAAGCGCAGCCAUACCAUACUUCUAAAAUUUAAAUCUGUCAGAGUUGACGUUGAAAUAUACAUACAUAUACACAAUCUACAUACAUAAAAUUUCUAUA